AUGCAGCAAAGCUUAUGGACCGAUAUAACAGUGCUACUCGACGAAUUUGUGGAAUAUUUGGAAGAAGAGAAACUAGACAUGUAUGCAGCUAAUUGUUUGAACGCGGGUUAUAGGAGUCUCAGGACAACAGACAUACUUGUGGCACAGAAAGUAGCGGAUAGACUAAUGUGCACACUUAUGACAGGAGCAUUAUUUUUCAUGAAUGGAUGGCACAAGCAGUCCGCCAGCAGGGACACUAGAGACAGCCAUAGUGCACAGUUGAAGGCACAUAUAAGGUGCGCAAUAGUAAAUAUAUUUAUGUCCAUAUUGCUGGCAUCUCCAUGCAGAAGUCAAAUGGGGAUAAAUAAUGCAUGGUACACAAUGAAACAACUGGAGUCAGGUGAAACUGGAUUACUCACAAAGGGCACGUGCCGCCAGGGAGUGUUUGCAGACAUAAAAAUCGGGGAAUUCGACAUGGAGACACAGAUUACGACAUGGUUAAAGAGCAAGAAGAGCUUGACUGAAAAAUUUGCAAGUCACGCAAUACAAAGCACAUGUACGAAAAGCUUAGCAGAACUUGGCGUGGCCAGGCAGGACGCAAAUGACAUGGAUGAGAGGAUAGAACUGAAGGACGAGGAGAAAGAAGCUAUAAGUGCGUUAGGCCGAGAAAUGAAGACUAUAGUUGAGGAGGUAAAGAAAGCCGCAGUGCAAUGCGCGAAGGGAACUGGCGCAUGCAUGAAGUCUAUCGAAGCAGUCACCGGUAGAAAUCCAGAGGGUGAUGACAGUGAGGGAAAAGAAACAAAAUCUGUAGCGAGCGAUACACCAGCACCAAAUGUACCGGCAGGUAAGGACCGAUGGGAGAAAGAAAUAAUAAGACCCGAUACGUAUCGGGAGGACGCGCAAAAAACGACAGCUCCACCGAAAUCCCCACCACCGGAGCAGACGGAAGAGACCCCAGCGGCACCCGCAGCAUCGGCCCCAGCAGCGCCGGGAGCACCCCGCGAUCGAGCAAGGUCAGAGAACCCACCGGCAGCACCUGGAGAACAACCACCAUCACAAUCAUCGUCGGGAUCGGGAUCGGGAUCAGGAACACCAACACCAGGUCCGCAGGGAGGAGCACAGGAAGCAGGGACACAUGGGACGUCGACAGAAACGAAGGCUAAGGAUUCGGAUGCAACUUCCGCAGGUACGGCCACAUGUCCCAGUAGCAGCGGCAAGUCUGCACGUGUCUCCAUUAGUUGUGCGACUACCUCGGAUGAAGAACUGGGCAAGACGCCGGAACUGACGAAACUCCUGCAACAGGAAGAGCAGGAGCGCGAAAAGGCACCCAUUAGUCCUAGCCCCAAUUCUGGAACAGGUAGUGACACAAGGGUUGAUUCCACGGCAAGUGAAACUACGGCUAAGGGGCCAGAGCCACAGCCGGAACCAGGUAAAGGCACAGUAACAGGGUCCACAAUACCAUCAUCAGGAACCGACACAACAUCAACAGGACCACACGCGACUAAGACUGAUAAGAACGAUGGCCAAGCAGGCAGUACCGAUGCUGUUGUCGAUGGCGGCAACGAUGACCCCCCUCCUCUCAAUCCACCCAAACCAAAACCGAACCCGAACCCAGAUCAAUCGGGUAGUAGUUCCACCGGCGGCGGCAGCGGCCCACCGACCGCAGCAGGUACUGAAAACGGUGCAGGAGGAGGACAUGGUGUAGGAGGACCAGGUGGUGGGGCAGGUGCAAAGCCAAGUGCGGGUAGCGUAGAUGCAGGACCAGGUUCUACUGGUCCCCAAAACCCUGGUUCCUCAGCACCGGGUUCCUCUGGUACUGGCUCCACUGGGGGUCCUGGCGCCGGUGCUUCCCAUCCUUCCGGUGGCCAGGGCCCACGGAACAACCAAGUUCCACCCACUCUCCCUUCCCCGACACCCUUCGACCCCAAGGAUCUCAUCCCGUACACCCCCGCGAUCAUUCCCGCGGUGGUUGGUAUUGGGAUCAUUGCGUUUUUCCUAUGGAAGUACUUUGCCUACCUCGGCCACAAACGACGACGAACAUAUCGAACCGUUCGUGACGUGCCGUCACCGCCACUCGACGACGACAUAUUGGCGCAUCUGCAACGAGGCGAACUGCCGCAACCCGAUUACGGGUACACCAUGGUUACGCAACCUGCGUCCACAUCCGGUAGAGGCCGCCCACCCCGCGUGCAUAAACGCACGAUUAUCGAGCUACAUCUAGAUGUGCUCCACGAAUGUGAAGCGACAAAUUGGGAAAACGUCAAAGACGACUAUUUGCAGAUACUCGUUGAAGAGUUUGCAAACGACUUGGAGCCGCACGCAACGGGGUAUAGUAGUUCCCCGGCUUCUUCGUCGAAUCACGAUUCACCAGGGACCACUGUUUCCUUCACCAUGGAUCCACACACUGACAUCGAACGAACGCACGCAUCUCCACGUAACGCAGAGCACCCCGAUCCAUGCAGUGGUAUGGACACCAUACAGUUACCAACGGAUUCAUGCCCAUUGAAUGACCCCGAUCCAUGGAGUUGUAUGGAAACUAUACAAUUACAAACGGACCCUUGUGCACCGCAUGACCCCGAUCCAUGGAGUUGUAUGGAAACUAUACCGUUAGCACCGCAUCCUUCUGCAUCCAACCACGGUGACGAGACGGCGGCGUGCACCCACUGGAUUAACUGGAUUGACCGCAACAAAUACCUUUUGCGGGCGUGCACGGGGCAACCGUGGUUUUUGCAAUUAAAAGCGGAUUGGAAACAAUACCUGCGCGCACACAUGGUGGCAAACGGAGCAUCCAGUGAGCACAGGACAGCCGCAACCCUGGAGAGGAAGAAACUGGAUGCAUGGAAAGAAUGGGUAGCGCAACAACAUCGGCAAAUGUGUAUGUAUAACGCGCAGGAGUGGUGCCAACGUUUGUUGCAUAAUGUAGAGGCCGCGACAGCACCGCAAAAAGGCGCAGUACCUGGAGUGGACACAGCCUUAGCAGUGGAAACAGUAAUGGGAACAGAAGAUGUGCUACAAGUCAGAGAUGUACCGCGGUCGCAACUGCAUCCGCAACCUUACAUGCAAAAAGCGUUAACCGCUAAAAUAUGGAUACUGCUCCUGGCAUUAGUCAUAGAACAGUGCGAGCUCGAACGCAAUUUGCAGCAGACGGAGUUAUAUGUGGAUGAACUACUGGACAAGCUCUGCAAUUAA